GUCAUGAAUGCUCCUAACAGAAGAAAGAAAACUCUGUUUAACCAUCUAUAAAUGCUGCUACUGAGAAUGAAAUCCAUCGAGCUAUUAACCAGAAAAUCUGGGAGACUAAAAAUGCUGUUGACAGAACAUUUUUGCAAAAAUCAAGUCCCAUAUGUGUGCCUGUGUAUCUCCUCCUACCUUUGUAGCAAGAAGAAAAAAGAGAAUGGUUAUGAGCAAGUUGACCAAGAAAGAUACAUGAACUUGGUCCGUUCUGUCACAUCUUCCAAAGCCAGCCCUCAGACACCAGAAACGUUGUUUGAAGAAGAUAAUCUGAUAUACGGACCAGUGAAUAAAUUUAAGUCUCCAGUUAAGGAUGUUGAAGCAAAAUUUCCAAAAAAUUGGGUCCCUCUGAUAAACUCCAGUAAAAGAACUUUGCCUCCAAACAGUGACCGAAAGCAGCUGCUGAAAAUCGGUUUACAAAGGCACAAGGUGCCCAGUGUGACGAGUGUUCUUCAGCAGACCAUGCCUUUGCACCAGGCAUUGUACCUGAAGAGAUGGAAGCAGCGGAUGAUUCUGGAACUUGGAAAAGAUGGGUUUGCAGAAUAUACCAAAAACCUCUUCCUUCAAGGAAAACUAUUCCAUGCAGCUUUGGAAUCUGUCUUUUUGUCUGAAGAGGUUCCGUUGAAGGAGCAGGAAAAAGAUACCACUGUCUCUGGCUACUUAGCAAGUGUGCAGCAUGUCCUGAGAGACAUCAGUGGAGUAAAAGCUCUUGAAAGUGCAGUUCAUCAUGAGACACUUCACUAUUCAGGCCUUGUAGAUUGUGUGGCUGAGUAUCGAGGCCAGUUAUGUGUGAUUGACUGGAAGACUUCAGAGAAAUCAAAGCCGUAUCUCCGGAACACAUUUGACAACCCACUACAGGUUGCAGCAUAUACCGGAGCCAUAAACCAUGAUGCUAAUUACGACUUCCAGGUUAAUUGUGGCCUCAUUGUGGUUUCUUAUAAAGAUGGCUCCCCUGCACAUCCACAUUUCAUGGACUCGGAUCUGUGCUCUCAGUAUUGGAACAAAUGGCUCCUGCGCCUUGAAGAAUACACAGAGAAGGCAAAAAACAAUAAUGCAAUUGAGACAAGUUAGAGGGGUGUGGUCUGAGCACAGAAGCGAAGCAGGAACUUCUGAAUUUUAAUCUAGUCUCCGAUACUGACCCUCUUUGACCUUGGACAAAUCACUUAAUAUCUCUGGCUCAGUGUCCCAUUUGUAAAUUGGGUCUAAUAGUUGCCUACCUUACAGAGGUGCAAAGAGGAUUUAAUGGGCCAACUUAAAUGAGGCUGAUAUUAACAUUUUGCAGCAAGCUUUUAUAAAACCUGAAAUCAAUAGAAGUGUUCCCACAAUUAAAGAAAAAAUCCAGUUAAAAGUUUAUGUAAGCAAAGGAUCACACUCUUGCAGUGUUUGAAACCUAACCCUUGCUGAACUGACAACAAGACAGUGAAAUUGACUCUGAACGAAAGCAAAACUUGCAUUGUCAGAGCUGAGUGAAAUGCAAAUAAUAAAGAGCAUAAAUAGGGACAAGUAGACUGGAUUUUAAACAUUUCAGCUCUUGUUAAUCUCUCAUCUGUUUACAACAUGUGAUUUUUAUGUUGACAGUGUCCUUCUGAAGCCGGAAAAACUGCAAGUGCUAAGAAUUCUAACUAAACCUGCAUUAAGCAGUCACUCAGGAUGUUAAGACAAAUUGGUUGCUUUAGCAGAAGUGGCCCCCAGAAGAGUAGCAGAAAUGUCAUUGGCAUAGCUGAAGACUACCUGUAAGAGCCCCCUAAGACAAGAGUGGACUCUCUCUCAUACAGGUUUCUCUGCCUUAGUACAAAGCUGGGUCUCUCCCAUAAAGCAAAGUGAGAAUGACACUGAGGCUUUGUACCUUAGGCCCCAGUUGGGCAAUAAGUCCCAUGCAAAGACUCUUGUGCCAACACAGCUCCACUGAUUUCACUGGGGUGUUGCAUAGAUUAAGGAGGCCCACCCAUGCAGAACUAACUGCAGGAUCAGAACUUUGGGAUGUAUAUUGGUGACAGUAUAUUUUUCAGAAGCCUUACUUUGUGAUUUUGAAAUUUAAGAACUGAACGCUGAUGCCAGUUCUUCAAUAAACAAGUAAAAACGGCAACCAUAUUCUUCACGGACUACAAAAGUAUCUUGCUUUCUGUUGACUAUGUUAAGUUGACUAAACAACAAGUUUUUCGAUUAAUAAUUAGUCCUAAAACACAGGAGUCACAUUUGAGACUCAUUUCAUAAAAACAAGGUUGUAAGAAGAGACGGUAACAAGAUUGUGUUGUAAAUGUUGAAUAAACUGAGCGUUUCUUAGGUGGUGUGGCUUUGUGUAUGUCAACUUUUCUUAUUUGUUUCAUUCCUUUGAAUCAUACACUUGAGCUUUUCUUGUCAUCACUCAGGAUUAUGUAUUUAAGUACAGCUGAUCUAUAAUUUAAAGACUACCAACCAGACAGUACCUGAAAAGGACUGAACAGGUAUGCUUGUGAACAGAAGAAGGGCCAUGCUGGGUCUGACUCAUAGCUCAACGGUUCUCAACUGUGGGUCAGGACCCCAAAAUGGGUCACAACCCUGUUCAGGCUGAAGCUGAAACCCAGCGCCCAGGGCCGAAGCCCGAGGGCUUCAGGUUGUGGGCCCCCUGCCUGAGACUGAAGCCCUUGGGAUUCUGCUGUGGGCCCCCCCUCCUGGCCAGUGGGGCUUAGGUGGGCUUAGGCUUCAGUCCCCCCUUCUGGGGUCUUGUAGUAAUUUUUGUUGUCAGAAGGGGGUUGCAGUAGAAUGAAGUUUGAGAACCCCUGAAUUGUAGCCUAAUAUCCUGUCUUCCAACACUGACCAAUGCCAGACACUUCAGAGCAAAUGAACAGGACAAUUAUCAAGUGAUCCAUCCCCUUAUCUUGUUACCAGUUACUGAUCCAUGAGAUGACCUUCCUUCUUAUCCCAUGACGGCUUACUUUGCUUAAGAGAUUUUGGUGUGGGAUCUUGUCAAAGCUGUUCUGAAAGUCCUAGUAUACAAUGUCAACUAGAUCAUUCUUGUUGAUGCCAUUAAAGAAUUCUAAUAGACUGA